UCCAUUACUCCUCUCAAAAAUACCAAACAUUUCCUGGUCUCAGCCUUCAUGGACCAGAGACUGAAUGGAUUUGACAUACGAAUCAUUGGCAUGUUUCGGAGAGACUCCAUCCAGCCACUCCACUGCCUUUUCUGCUGUGCUGGACGUUUAAGUGAAGCUACUCCCACAACAGUUUUUGUACACUCAGACCACUUUGGUUUUCCCAUUGCUACCACAGACAUCAUGUGUCGGAUUCCUGAGAACUGCGACCCUACACAUGUCACCCUUUUGACUCAACCCAGUGCAGAGAACGUAACUAACCCCACUUGGAUUCCUAUAAAAAACAAGAAAACUGUUGGAAAGGAUGAGGAAAAAAUGAACUUCACCGUCUGCAUUUCCAGCCUGUUUGGAGACUACAAUAAUGUGCUUCAGUUUGCACAGACUCUGGAGAUGUACAGGUUGCUUGGAGUGAACAGGGUGGUGGUCUACAACACCAGCUGUGGUCCAGAGCUUGACCAUCUUCUGCAGGAUUAUGCCCAAGAAGGGUUUGUGGAAAUAAUUUCUUGGCCCAUCGAAAAGUACAUGAAUCCAUCCCAUGGCUGGCUAUUCUCACGACAUGGAGGGGAUAUAAACUACUAUGCCCAGACCACCAAGCUUAACGAAUGCAUUUAUAGAGCCAUGGAGAAUUCACGCUAUGUCCUUUUGCAUGACAUAGACCAGAUCAUCAUGCCAUAUCAACACAGCAACCUGGUGUCUCUGAUGGACACGCUGCAACAACAGCAUCCAAACGUUGGCGUGUUCCGCUUUGAAAGUCACAGCUUUUCCAACAUGCGAUUUGAUCCAUAUGGAAAGUUUCAUCUUCCUCAGUGGCGCAGGGUGCCAGGAGUUAACAUUCUGGAACACAUUUACAGGGAAGAGCCCAAUAGAAAAGAAUACCAUCCAUACAAGAUGAUCAUUCAACCAAGGAUGGUGGAGCAGACCUCAGUGCAUGAAGUAAUUAAGAAUUUUGGAGAACAAUAUAUAGUUCCACCAGAAGUCAGCCGGAUCAUUCACAUUUGUUCGGGCGGGACCAUACCUCUGGAGCUACUUCAUGAAGACAAACGCCUGUGGGACUUCCAUGAAAAACUGAUUCCUAAUGUGGACAAGGUGCUGAAGAGAGUGGGGAUGAUGAUGUCAAAGAAUUGAAGAGGAUUUAUGGGAA